AUUAGUAAAAUAUAACUCUCUCUACCAGUUUCUUUCCAAUAACAACCUCUUCCUUUGAUAUAAAGCUAGUUACUUACUACGUUAAAAUUGAACUAGAGGAAACAAUACAUUGGAAAAUACAGCUCAUGAAUGAAAUUCAAUCUGUAAAAAUUCAAUUUGAAAGAACUGUUGUCAUGUUUAACAGAAGAAAAUUAUACUCUAUUAUCAUUCUUAUAGGAAUAAUAUUUCUUUCGUUUACUGCACUUGUUAAAUCUAGAUCCAUUGAACGUUUCAAUUUUCCUAAAAAUAAUGAAAAUGCUGAAAAAGUUAACUUUGAUAAAAAAAAUCGUUUGGUAGUAGAUGACUUAAAACCGGUAGAUCACAUCGAUGCCGUUCGAAUGGAACAGGAUGGAGACCUUAAUAAAGAUUUUAAAAAGGAGAUAUUCCUGGGUAAUCAUGAAUCUAUCGAUAAUUUAAGUGAAAAGGAUAAAACGGAGAAGCUUACCGAGAUAUUCCAUGCAGUCGAUUUAGACAAAAAUGGGCAACUAUCGUUGAUGGAAAUGCAGGAUUGGAUAUCGAAGAAAGUUGAAGAGCAUUUCCUUGAAAAUCAUGAAGAUAAUGAAAGAGUUUUUAAAUUUUUAGAUUUAGAUAACGAUGGUUUUGUUCAUUGGAAGGAAUUUCACAAACAAUUUUUAAUGGCCAAAGGUCAUAAUGAAAAACAAGUUGACAAACAUAUUGAAGAGUAUGAUACACUAUCAAUUGACGAUGAAGAUAAGGAUGCAAUUGUAAAUUACAAAUUCCGUUGGACAGAUGCCGACAGCGAUCCUCAAGAUAACAAACUAACAUUAGAAGAGUUUAAAGAAUUUCGGCAUCCUGAAAGAAGCACUAAAAUGAUCCAGAGAAUGGUUGAUGAAAUUUUAGAUAACCUGGACUCUAAUAAAGACGGAAGGGUCAUAGAAGAAGAAUUUGCGGCUGUACCUAAAGGAGAUCAUCAUCCACAAUUCGAAAAGGUUGACGAGACAUGGCAAAAAGAAAGAAGAAAGGAAUUUAACGAUGUUAUAGACAUUAAUCACGAUGGUAUAGUUGAUAAAGAUGAGCUUAGAAAAUACGUUGAUCCUCGAAACAAACAACACGCCUUAAUGGAAGCAAAAAAUUUACUUCAGGUGGCAGAUAAUGACAACAAUGGAGCAGUUAGCCUCGAAGAAGUAAUUGAAAAUAUUGAUCUGUUUUUUGGUAGUAAAUUAGUAGAUGCAAAUUCUGCUCUACAUGAUGAAUUUUAA